UAUGUGACCGGAUGUGUUGUUGAAGCGGUCCGGGCCGACACAGAGUAAGUCGGUACAAUGGCUGGCAGCAGGCUGGAGAGGUUUGGAACUGUGUUCACCCGGGUUCGAGAUCUGAUGCACUCCGGUGUCAUAAAGCCGACAGAGAAACCCAUCUGGUAUGACGUAUACAGAGCUUUUCCACCUAAGAGGGACCCACUUUACGUGAAGCCACAGUCCAGAACCUUCACCAAGAAACAGGAGGCUGUGCCUGAGAUCUUCUACAGAGAGGAUGAAGUUAGAGCGAAGUUCUAUGAGAAGUAUGGGACAGGUGCUCGGCCUUUUGAUCUGUCCAAAUCAAACUUUGUUUCUACAUGUCAGAGGUUUGUGGACAAGUACUCAGCGUUAAAGAGCAACAGUGAGCUGGAUGACUCGGCUCUGUUUGAGCAGACUGGCAAAGUUUUACUCGCAGAAGGCGUCGUGCUGAGAAAGAGAGGAGCUCCUCCUGUGUCAGCAGAGUCCAGAGAUCCAGUGCUUCAGCUGAAGCUAAAGGACAUGUUUGCAGAGCUGCAGUCACACACACCAUAGACCCCGGGUUCGAGGAGCGCUCGAUGAGCUGCAGAUUCUCCACAGCAGACACGCUGUUUGACUGGACAUGACUGGCCAAGAUCUCAACCAACAUCAGGAACUGCUCUCUGGAUUGUUUGCAUUCCAGCUGCAUGUUCCCGAGGCUGAUGUCACUUACAUAGAAAUUGCCACAGUGCACUGCAUUGCCAGCAGGCUUUUGUCAUUCAAGGAUGAAAAGAGCUAGAAACCCUGAGUCUGUGCUGCAGUGUAGAACAGGCUCAAAAACCUGGAAAUAGCUAUAAUAUAUUUACUGGAAGUGGAAGGAAAUGAAAAUAAAGUGAUUUUUUUAUUUUUAUUUUUAUGAUUGAUUGUUUUGUUUUUAUGACUGUUUGUUUUUAUUACGAAUGACUCGUGUGGAGCAUGGACUGCUCUGUAUUUUCUUUAAAAUGACAUUACUGAACAUUUUGAGAUGUCCUUUUGCAAAUUUUACCUUCAUAUGUUUCAGUGACAUUGUCUAGAAUUUGUGUCCAACUUCAAUUUACUCAGAACAUUUAGCUGCAAAACUUCAAUCUUAGUUCAGUUCACUUAUUUAACGCCAAAUCAUAACAGAAGUUAUCUCGUGACACUUGAGACCAUGCUCUUUAUAAUAUUAUUUUAUACAGAGUAACAGCAAUUCCCACCAUGAGCAGGCACUUGAGAAAACUUUUUUGCUGUGAUCUCAAUAGCCUGGAUGUGACUGUAAAUCCCUCCCCUCUUUCCUGUCCCAAUAUAUCCAGUGAAACAUAGAAUAACAUUCUACUCUGACCAAUACACUCCAAAUGUGUAGUACUAUGUGUACUGACAUAAGAUUAUCCAGUAUGUACAGUUUUUAUGUU